AUGGCUUCCGCGUUAUCCCCCCGUUUCCAACAAGUCUUUCCGCCUCCCAUGGACGAUGUGUACAUGGAUCAGAUGGAUCUGAAAACCCUCUACCGUUUCUCUUGGACUUGCAAGGAGCUAAACGACCGCGUUUCGGGCUAUAUGCGCCGCGCCUUCUGUCCCAAAAAUUUAUUUGCUCCUAUCUUCAAACCCAAUGAACAUUUGCUGUUUUGUCUUCUCCAGUUCAAGACUGGCCUGGUUAUUUCAGGUUCCACCGUUUUGCAUUUUACUUGUUUUAGUGGUCCAACGCAAAGCGUGGCAUGA